AUGACCAAAUCAGCUACGAGCGUCACUGCAGCCAUGACCCAACGACGUGAAGCGUUUUUCAAGACAGAGGCUCGGUCAACAAAGUCACAGAAUAUCGUCGACGAUGCGACUUCGAAAAGACAUUCGUCUGACAAAGAAAUGUUGACAAACAAAGUUCAGGACGAGAACAACAACUAUAUGGACAGUAUUACUUUCUUGAUGACUAGGAAGGAUACUGAACCUGCAAAUCGUCAUCGUUCGAGAAGAUCGCGCGGUUCCUCUGUAUUGGAGGUGAAUCAGUACGUCGGCUUUGCGAGCAUCGUCGAACAGGUGUACAGCAAAUCAGUUCGAAGGGGAUUUCAGUUCACACUUAUGGUUGCCGGCGACUGCGGCAUGGGAAAGUCAACGUUCGUUAACAGUCUUUUCUUCGGGGAUAUACUCAACGGCGAGUACUGGCGUAAAGGCGGUGAGCACCAUCAGAUUUCGGAGCAGACCGUAGUACUGUAUGAGAACGGAGUGCGCCUGACUCUGAACGUGGUUUACGUGAACCUCGACCACGGCGUUGUGGCCGAUCAUCAGAGCCGAUUCUCGCCAGUCAUCGAACACAUCGACCGGCGAAUGUUGGAAUACUUCGACGCAGAAACGGCGAUUGACCGCAGUAGUGACCUGUGCGACCGCAGAGUGAAUUGUUGCCUGUAUUUUGUUCCGCCUACCGGCCACGGACUGCGGCAGGGGGACGUCGAAUUCAUGAAGCAGUUGCACAACCGCGUCAACCUGAUCCCGGUCAUCGCCAAGGCCGACACCAUGACCGUUGACGAGUGCGCAAAGAUGAAAGCCGAGGUAGCGCGUGAAAUCGAGCAGCAGCGCAUAAAGAUUUACCGGUUCCCGGAAGUUAGCGACAAAGAUGAAACUUUUGCCGCCGAGCAGAAGCAGUACCUGCAGAGGAUGCCUUUCGCGGUCAUCGGCACCAGCCACGUCGAGGAGUUUGAUGGAGCCAAGUCUCGCUGCAGGAAGUACCCAUGGGGCACGGUUCAGCUGGAGAAUUUGGAGCACAACGACUUUGUAGCAUUGCGAAGCAUGAUACUUCGCUACCACAUGAUCGACUUGAUUCAGGUGACCAACGAUGUUCAUUACGAGAACUUCCGCUUCCGACAUAUGAGCCUUUCGGGAGAAAUCAACGUCCAACAAACGGAAAUUCACCCGCUUAUGCUGAUGGACAGGGAGAGGAAAGAACAGGAGAAGCGCAUAAAGCAGAAGCUGAUUGAGAUGGAGACCGUAUUUCAAGAAAAGACUGAAGAACGCGAGCGCAGGCUGAACGAGAAGGAGGCUUCGUGCAAAACAAACAUUGAAAGUGUGAAACAAGCGAUUGAGAAGCUCAGGAAAGACAUAGAGGAAAGGCGCAAAAAUCUCAGGGACGAGCAAACGCAACUCGAACAAUCCUACCCUGAAUUCAAACGUUACAGUUCUGUUGGAACGCUUAAAGAAAAGACAAAAAAAUUUCUUUCGUUAUCGUAG